AGACGCGGGGCUCAGUUCGCGUCCGGACGUCGAAGGUGGUGGUUGUUCGCUCACUCCUGCGGAGCGCUCCGGAGCAGCCCCUCCUCGUCCCGAGCUCCGAGGGGAAGGCGCCCGCUGCGCCUUUCUCUCCGUCUCGAGGGAGGCGUCCGCGGCCUGGACGCCUGCUGGUCGGCGGAAGGCGCCUCAGCAGCCGGAAGGCCGCGGCCGCCAUGCCCAACUACGUGAACGACAUGUGGCCCGGCUCCCCCCAGGAGAAGCCGUCGCCCUCGACCUCGCGGUCCGGCCGCUCCAGCCGCCUGUCCUCGCGGUCCCGGAGCCGCUCCACGUCCCGGAGCUCCGGGCCCGACUCCCGCGGCUCGAGCCGCUCGUCGUCCCGGAGUCGCAGCCGGCCCCGGCCGCGGCGCCGCAGCCGCUCGCGCUCGCGCCGGCGCCAGCAGCGGAAGUACCGGCGCUACUCGCGCUCGUACUCGCGCAGCCGCUCGCGCUCGUACUCCCGCGGCCGCCGCUACCGGGAGCGGUACCACGAGCGCCCGCGCCGGUACCGCCGCUCCCGCAGCCGCUCGCGCUCGCGCUACGGCCGCUCGAGGGCCGACGACGUGCUGGCGCCGGGACGGCGCUACUACGGCUUCGGCCGCACCCGCUACCCGGAAGAGCGCCCCCGAUGGCGGGAGCGGACCCGCAGCCGCUCGCGGAGCAGGACCCCCUUCCGGCUCACCGAGAAAGAUCGAAUGGAGCUGUUAGAAAUUGCAAAAGCCAAUGCAGCAAAAGCUUUGGGAACAACGAACAUUGACUUGCCAGCCAGCCUCAGAACUGUUGGUAUAGCCAAAGAAAAAAGCCGUGCAGCAGCUAUACCGAGUGGGGCAAAGUUGGAGCUGUCUGAAAAACAAUUGGAAGAUGGAACUAAAAAUCUCAGUGAAAAGUCGCCACAGAGAAGAAACAUAGCUUUUAGUGCUAAUAAUUCUGUUGCGAAGCCAAUACAGAAAACAGCUAAAGCCGCUGCUGAAGAAACAUCUUCAGGAUUGCCAAAGAUAGAUAAGAAAAAAAGUCCAUAUGGACUAUGGAUACCGGUCUAAAAGAAGAAAACUAAUGGCUAAGAUUGCCUAAAAUUGCACUUUAUUGCAAGUUUCUGUUCCUAGCAUUCUCUUUGAGUCAGUUAUCAAUAAUUGUUGCAAUUAAAAACCCAUACAAAACAUAUGUACUUAAUAGUAAAAUGUUACCAUUUUUAGGUUUCUCUUGAAGAGAGCAUAAGUGGACCAGAGAUUACAUACAGGUGGGAGUUUUGUAUAUAUUCUUGUAAAUAUUGUGUAAUAUAAGUUGGUUUUACAGAAGUGAAAUUUGUAAGACACAGUAAUUGAACUGUGUAUGUUUUGUAUAUUUGUUAAUAAAAUUGUGUUUUUAUUAUGUUUUUAAUGCA